GAAAGUCUCUUUUCACGAUAAUCAAUUUUUCUCUUCAUACGAUUUUUUCUACUUAGAUCGAAUCAUCUCUCGAUUCUAUCUCAGAUAUCCAGAUUAUCGUCUCCGUAAAUACGGAUUAUCGAAACAGUAGGCACCGUUCGAGGAGUAGUCACGAAUAAAGACAAAGAGAGAAAGAGAGGGAUAAAAGAGACGCGUAGAGCGCUCGAGCGCGGAAAGAGAGAGAGAGAGAGAGGGAAAGAGAGGUUAGGAAUAGGUUAGACGGAGACGAAAAAUGGAGAAGGAAGGAGGAACAACCGUGACGAUUGCAAGAGAGGUAGAAAAUGUGGCCGCUUGAUAACAGCAACGCGAACCAAAGUGCCAUAGAUGCAUCACACAGUUCUCCGCGUCGCGAGAGUUCCUCUUCGCCUCGUCUCGAUCGGUUCCUCCUCGAGGUCGGAAAGUGGGGAUCCGCAGGAGGUUCAUCUCUCUCGGUUUCGGAGGAUCGAUUUCAGUCGGAGAGGAAUAUCGUUCGUUUUCGGACAAAAUUCGAUUCGAGACGAUUUUUUUUUUUUUUUUUUCCCCACUUUAGGAGAUCCUCUCUUAAGUCUCUGCAUCGAAUCUGGUGUCGCGAUUUUCUUUUUUUUUUUUUUUUUUUUGGUUCGAGAUUUUAUUCGGAAUAUCGGGAACGCGACAACCCCCUUUCGAAUCGAAAGAUACUCGUUGUUUCUUUGUCUUUCUUUUUUUUUUUUUUGCGGUUAGAUGUGAGUGAAUAUUUUGUGAAUUUAAUUCCCUUUCCCCCGCAACGAUUCUUAAAGUAAAUUAAUUUAAAUAGGAUUUAAGUAGAUACACAGUUUUGGAAAGGUUGUGAUCUGUGCCUGUAAACCGAGUUUUUUUUCCAAAGGCUACUUUCAUUUUUCUUUUCCUUUUUUUAAGAUUUUUAUGCGCCUGUGUAUAUACUAUGAUCCAAUAUAUCCGAAUUAAAAGAAUUAUCUUCUAAUUAAAUCUAAUUAAAUUUCUCACCACUCUCACUCGUUCUUUUUUUUUUUCCACUCACCUAACUUCACGUUUGUUUCCCUAAAACGUCGAUUCGAUCAAAACGUCAAAAAUGUCAUUGCUACCGUUCUCGUAAAGAUCACAAUCGUCCCGGUGUCAACGGUGGGGAAAAAUCAGAUCGGCUUGAAGCACGCGGAUACCGAAACGAUGGAGAACACGUGACCCUUAAGAAUAAUUAAACAAUAAUUAAUAAAAGAGAGGAAGAGGGGGUGUCGAAGCGAGGAAAAGCGAUGCCAAGGGCCGCGAGGACAGCGGACGUCGAUCGAAAACGUGCGAUCAGGGAUUGAGGUCAAAGCGAUCUCGAAGCUGCGUAGCGGCGUUGUUUGCCGGUGAUACGUGAACGCCGCCCAUAAAGCGAAAGAAGAUGAAGAAUAACACGAGCAACCACGAGAAGAACGGGCCGGAGAGCCUCAAGUUGUUGAGGGUGCCGUCCACACCCCCGACGACCCCAACCACCCCUACCACGCCGAGGGGGCUCGAGGACGUGUUCAAAGAUCUACCCAUCACCGACGAGACCUCCUGCGGUAUAUGGUGCAUAAGGAACCCCACGUUGCAGAGAUUCGCCAAUAAGAAGGCUUACGUGUUCCUCUACGGUGUGCUCGGUUGUAUAUUCUCGGCUAGUUACGCGUACUUCAACGGCACAAUUACCACCAUCGAGAAGAGGUUCAAGAUACCUUCGAAGACGACAGGUCUCAUCUCCGUGGGCAACGAUAUCUCGCAAUUGUUCGUAUCGGUGGUCCUGUCUUACUAUGCAGGAAGGGGUCACAGGCCUCGAUGGAUCGCGUUCGGGAUUUAUACGGUAGUUGUCUUCUGUUGUUUAACAAUGUUGCCACACUUCUUAUACGGUCCAGGAGAAGACGCUCUUUUACUUACGAAAGAGUACGGGGCAAAGCCGGAAAACUCGAGUCACAUACCUGAUAAAUAUCGGAAGUUCUUGUGUCUCGGAAAGGAAAGCCGAGAGGAUGAAUGCGAGGAUGCUGAUGGAAAUUUCGCGCCUCAAGCAUUGCUCUUCGUUGCGCAAUUAGUAUCAGGAGUCGGUGGUUCACUCUAUUACACUUUGGGUGUAUCGUACAUGGACGAUAAUAUACAGAAAUCGAAGACACCGGCACUGAUCAGUUUUUCCUAUUUCUUGAGAAUGUUGGGACCCGCUAUUGGUUAUGGGUUGGCGUCGUUCGCGUUGAAAUUUUAUAUCAGUCCUAGUCUGACGCCCACCAUUACGACACAGGAUCCAAGAUGGUUAGGUGCUUGGUGGCUCGGUUGGAUUAUUCUGGCAAUUCUUCUCUUCAUCUUCGCAAGCGUAAUCGCGCUUUUCCCUAAAACAUUACCAAGAGCCGCAGCUCGUAGAGCUUUAGCAUUGGAACGAAACAAAACUGCAACGAGCAUCAAAGAAGAGGAAUCAGAAUUACCAGCUUCUCUCUCGGAUAUGCUGAGGACAUUUAAACGAUUAUUAACAAACAUUACUCUGAUGUGCAAUAAUUUGGCAACCGUUUUCUAUUUUAUGGGAUACAUGCCAUAUUGGAUUUUCAUGCCGAAAUACAUCGAAACUCAGUACAAACAAUCCGCUUCUGUCUCAUCAUUGAUCACUGGAACAGUUGGUUUAGUCUUCAGUGCAUUUGGAAUUCUUCUUUCUGGUUUGAUUAUCUCCAAAUACAAACCUAAGGCUAGGUAUCUGGCCGCAUGGAACGUGAUGGUGGGCGCUAUAUCGGUCGUAGGAAUGAUCUCUUACGCUUUUUUGGGUUGUUCGGCCAACGACAAGCAGAUUAUGGUUCAACCGGAUGGCACCUUGAAGACUCAACUCCCUUGCAACGAGCAUUGCAUGUGUGACUACGUUACUUACAAUCCUGUUUGUUCCGAGCAUGGACAGACUUUCAUCUCAGCUUGUCACGCUGGAUGUCGUAAUGUAAAGAUAUUAACCAACAGUAGUAAAUUGUAUACGGAAUGCAGUUGCAUCAAACCGAAGUUCGCACGUUUGCCAUUUUUAUUUCCAAACAACACAUGGAAUCCGCAGACAACUGAUGUUCCAUUCGAGACACCAGCACCCGAUGGAUCAACAGGUUUUGGAACUGCGAUUCCAGGAGCGUGUCCCGUGGAUUGUAUGCACAAAUUUUAUAUAUUUCUGGCUGUGGUUUGCUUGCUUAAAUUUAGCGGCGCCACCGGAAGAGCAUCGAACUUUUUAGUUUCUGUCAGAUGCGUGGAUGAAAAGGAUAAAACAGUGGCUAUGGGCUUUGGAUUAACUAUUAUGAGUUUAUUUGCAUUCAUACCUUCCCCUAUUUUAUUCGGAUACAUUUUAGAUAAGACCUGUAUUGUUUGGGGGAAAACAUGUUCAGGUACAGGAAAUUGUUGGCUCUAUAAUGGAGAAACGUUGAGGUAUCUACUAAACUUUACUGCAGCCACAUUCGUAACGAUCGGCACGUUAUUCGAUGUGGGUGUGUGGUAUUUCGUAAAAGAUGUAAAGAUUUUCGAUGAGGAGAUUGAAUUGAAAGACAUACCCGAAGAGCCAGGAGAGACGCUUUGAAAGUAAAUCAUACGAUCAUACAUCAAAUCGCUUCGUUUCGAGGAAAGGUGAAAAGUUAAAAUCGAAAGUCAUUGGUGAAGAGGAAAAAGAAUUAAAAUAAAUAAAUAAACAAAAAGAAGAUGGGAACGUCAAAUAAAAAAAGGAAAUGGAAGAGCUGACGAAUAAAGACUUUACAAGUACCUUAAGCAAUUUCUUGGAUAUAUUUAAAACAUACUCGUAGUACCUCGGAUAGAACUUAUCGUUGACUAUAUAGUUCACUCGUGAGGGCAUUUGAAAAAGAAAAUGAAUUAAUUUUUUUUUUUUAUUUAGUAUCCUUGUUUUAUUACACAUUGUUAUUGAGUAACAAUUCUCAUCGUAGAUGCAAGAGUAAGUGUAAAACGACUCAUAUCAGUAUGAUACCUUCAAUUCAUAAACCCAUAUUUCUCGUGUACAAAAUAUAUAUAGAGAAUGAUAAUUUGUAUCUAUUAUCUAUCUGACAGAUGUUUUAAUUUUAAAUUUAUCAUAUGAUAUAAUAUAAUCUCUUUUUUAAAUUAAUGAAUCGUUGUUGAAUAAUAUUAAUAAGACUAUAGACGAGAAUCUAUUCAAAUAAAAUAAUUGUUUUUUACUUGAACAGAUUAAUUUACGUAACAUGAACUUAGAUAGAUGAUUACACAUUGUUAAGAAUUAACAUGUGGAAUUUUUAUUAGUAGUAUGAAUUAUUAAAAGAGAGAUUAAUACUGACGAUAAUAAAAAUGAGCAAUAAAUUAGGCUAUUUGGGUUUCAAAUAGAGAUCUAUUAUUUUGAAAUUUUAAUUUUAGCAAUUAUAUAUCUUUCAAUAAAAUAAUUUUAUCUA